GGAAAUCAAGUUAUUGCGUGACGUCAUUAGGUAUGAUCACACCCACCCAAUAAAGUACGUGUCUUCGAAGUGUAGCGCGAUCAAAUAUUCUCGAAGCCAUCAUCAUGAUGAACUAGCAAGUUCUAGAGAGUAAACAACAUGGUUCUACAGGAACCUAUUAAUCCCCCGUUUUCAAGGGAGUUUGUGCUUAGAAAAACCAACAUACGAGAAUUCAAAGCUCUUGAGAGUCGUGUUAAACAGCUUUUUAAUGCAGAAUUCGAGGUUUUCAUACCUGUCCACGAUUCGAGCAACGAUGGUCACCAAAACUUGGAAAACUGCGACCCGUCCAUGGAGUGGAUAAGAGUAGUUUCUGAAGAAGAUCCAGAGCUACUAGACGGUGCUAAGGAAUAUAUUAUCAGCGUGUGUAACCCGGAGGUACGGUGUCGCGUUGAUUUCCCCGUCAGCGAUUUACUCGAAGAAAAAGGCGCCGUGAAUAUCGUGGACGAAGUUGAACGAAAAUCGUGUGCCUAUCUUACAGUGGACAGUGAAGGAUUCCUUGAAAUCUGCGGAUCAAACAUGGCCGUUGCGCUCGCUACUUCGAGUUUGGAUCAAAGGAAGUCCUUCCUGCAGAGCUCCGAUACCGUAAAAACAGAUUACAAUGAAAAUCAAAUUAAAAGCGAAGAAGUUAAAGAUAUUAAGGAGACAAAUACUGAGGACUCUGAUACAGAAGUUGUUUGGAAGCGCAGAGAAACAACACCGAAGGUCGUGAAGCCUUCGAGAUGCAACGGUACACCGGGUAUGAAGGAAUGCCAUCCUUCCAGCUUACCAUCCGAAAUGAAGGCUACAAACAACAGAGAAAUUGAAACUGUUACGGACAAGCAAGUUGACAAAUGCGCAAAAGAAAGCACUAAUUCUAUUUUAACAGAAAAUUCAUGCCAUGAAACUACAGAAUCAAAGUUAAUUUCGACAGAUUCCAUAACAGAAUGCGAUCAAGGUCACGGCCAAUCGAACGUACUGAGUGGAGAAUCGCUGAGAGACUUUGCUUUGAAACUAAGAUACUCAGAAUCAGAAGUAUCUUCAGCCUUGUCUAAACUAGGACCAGACGCAGACAAGAAUUUAUUAUUGAUGGAACUUGUCAAAGCUCAAAACUCUGCUAAACAAAUCGAGGAAGGAUCUUCUUUGGAUCGACCACAAUCAACACCUCCAGUGGUUUGUAGCGACCCAAAUACAUUGCGGGCAAUAGUCCUAGAUGGCAGUAAUGUGGCUAUGAGCCAUGGAAACCAGAAAGUAUUUUCAUGCCGAGGGAUUGGCAUUGCUGUUGACUGGUUUAUAAAGAGAGGUCAUCGUGACAUAAAAGUGUUUGUCCCUUCCUGGCGUAAAGAGAGUUCUAAACCUGAGAGUCCUAUAAUAGACCAACAAGUGCUUAAACGCCUUGAAGAAGAUCAAAUAUUGGUAUGGACACCAUCACGAUGCAUUAAUAACCGCCGUGUUGUGUGUUAUGAUGACAGAUUCAUCAUCAAACUGGCACAUCAAACUGAUGGAGUGAUUGUGUCUAAUGAUAACUUUAGAGACUUGCAAAAUGAAAGUCCUGAGUGGAGGAAAGUCAUUGAACAAAGAUUACUCAUGUACUCAUUUGUUGAUGAUCGGUUCAUGCCACCAGAUGAUCCUGCUGGACGUCAUGGACCAACUCUUGAUGAAUUCCUGAAAAAAGGCUGUGGUAAGCCAUGUCCUUAUGGCCGCCGAUGUACCUAUGGUAACCGUUGUAAAUAUCUUCAUCCCGAAAGGAACUCUAAAAGUGAAGCUGAAAUGAAUAUGUUAGCCAAUCAAUUGUCAGAGAAAUUAUUGUUGAAUCCUCCUGAAGUCCCCUAUGGUGAAGUUCACUGUUCACCACGCCACAGACCCCUCCCUCCUCCACCUGAUAUGCCAGCAUAUUUGUUAACAAAGCCACUUCCACCCCUCCCUACUGAACAGCGACAGAAACCGUUGCCAAUUCCACCAGCUGAAGUUCACCAUAAUAUGGUACGGAUUUUCCCACCAACACUGCGCAAUAACCACACAAGUCAAACUGGACAACGUCCUGCUUCAGAUCCAUCACCCAUGAGAAGUCCUUCCUAUGACAUGCAGCCAGAUCAAUAUGGUAGAACACGGAGAGGAAGCAUACCUCAUGGAAUGACUUUAGGUCCACAGUAUGUUGAUGGUUACCCCUCACUACCCAGCAGUAGUGGACAUUAUAGUCACCCUAUGUAUCCUGCACAUACUCACCUACCCCCUCAUCCUCCUCACCAUCAAGAGACUGUUGCUAGAGGGAUGGUUCCCCAGCAUCAUCCAGAGAGAAUAGACGAACACAUGUACGCUUGUGGAUAUCAGCAACCUUUUCUUGCAACACCACAGCAUUGGGGAGUGUACCCCCCACAAUAUCAUUUUAGCUCUAAUCAUCACCAUGGUUACCAACACCAUUAUCCAAAUAGUUAUAAUGGACAGAGUAAUAGUUAUUACCGAACCAGGGCCCCACCCAGGGAUGUCACUGACGGUGCCGGGUCUGAUGAUUGUGAUGAGGAGACACGGAUUCGCAUUUAUGAAAAACUUGUGGAGGUGUUUCCUGACGAUGCCACAAAGAUUCUUAAAGUAAUGGAUGAAAAUCCAACAGUGACUGAUAUUGACGAACUUACUCAGAUUUUGCUAGAUUCAGAAAAGUAACAUGUUGGUAAGACGUUUGUAUUUUAUGCAUGUUAAAGUAUGUAAAUAAGUUUUGAUUGUAAAUAUGUUGAAACUCAAGAGUUAGGUUUGGCUAUAGUUAUAACUGAAAAUGGCUUGAAUAUUUAGAAAUAUGAAAAAAGUCUUUCUUAGUUUAAAGUUUAUUAUUUUACUCCUGUAUAAUAUAAAUAUUGUAGUUAGACAUUAAUGAUUUCUAACAGCUACUAAAGACAAAAGGUACAAAUACCUGUUGCAAUGCCAAUUCAUGCUUUAGUAUUUAUGCCUAUGUUGCUAUAGCAAUUAUUUUUGCCAUGCCAGUAAUUAUUGAUAAUGGCGAUGCUUUGUAAGAUAUUGAGUGUAUUUAGGUUUGAUAAAAUUAUAACGUUUUUGAAAUUCUUUACUUGAAUUGUUUCGAGGUGUGUGUGGAUCCUGUGUGUCCGUUCAAUCACGAUAAAAUUGUUUUCCAAAUAGGAUUUUGAGUUGAACUGAUUGCAGUUCAUGUUGACUGGGGUGAAUUACCCAGAAUUCGUAUAGAUUUACUGCAUCAUUAGAGGAAAUGUUAAACAGUAACUUCUGAUUUUAUACCAAUCCAUGCCAGUGCCUUGCCUUCUACGCAUUUGCUUGCUAAAAGCUUUUAUGUUGCACUUUGGCCACUUUCUUGUGCUAGUUUUAUAUUUCCUUGGUGUUUGACGGACAUGUUUUAGUAAAACAUAAACUAUAUUCAGAUUAAAUACUAAUGUAAAUAGAUGAAAAAUAUAUACAAUUUGCAUGAAGCAAAGCCAUUAAUAGUAUCGUUGUGUGGUAUAAUAGGGACUCAAGGCAACAGAGAGUUUAUUAUUAUUGAAUUAAGUCCAUUAGCUGAUUAGUGCUUUGUAUGAUUUCCAUAUGACUUCACCUGAUAUAACAUAGCUUUCAAUAAUAACAAAACUCUUUGUACAAAUGUUGCCUUUGUGCUCUUUGUGAGAGCAUAUUAUACAUGUUUGUAAGACAUUUUUAUAAUAUCUUAUCUUAAAUCAUUUAUUGUUGAUAAAGUUAUUCUAGUGUCAACUAUAAAAUUCAGUGUAUACUCUAAAUAUCUGGCAUUUUUUGAAUUGGAAUGAUCUCAAAAUGGGUGAAUAGUACUUUUUUAAAGGAAAAAAAUAUUGCAAAUCUAUUAUUGCAUCAGUCAGAAUAUUACCAUAAUAUUGAACUGUUUGGCAUGAAACAGAUAAUGAUGUCUUUGGAUCAUUUGUAAAAUGUGCUUUUUUGACAACUUAGACAAUCUGUCAAACAUCUCGCCAAGUUUAGUGUUAUACCCAUCAAAUUAUACUUGACUGGAGGUUGAUGGCAUACCAUAUCCCAUCAACCUCCAGUUGAGUUGAAUGAUCACUCCUGAUAAACAGCUUUUUUUAUGUUUCAUGGUUUUUGGAUUUAUAUUUCAGUUGUUUUCAUUUUUUAGUGACGUUAUGUGGACUGUGAAAUAGGUUUAGACAAUAACACACAACUAUUGCAAUGGUUGAAGUCUAGUGCUAUUAGCACAGUCUACCUAAAAUCAAUCAUCUAUCAAGUAAUACAAAAUUAAUGUUUCAUGCUUUUAUAGUUUGUAGUCAUCAAUAAAGACAUGUAUUUGUUAUUAAA